AUGGCUGCAUUUGGAACCAUGAUGGAUUGGUGCUUUCUUCUUCUUUUAUUCGUGUGCUUGAGCUAUUGUGGCAGCUGUUAUUGUGAACGUUCACAAACAAUCAUAGAUGCCAACAAACAUAAACUCUCUCCUCCAUUGUGGGGUGGCUCAGACUCCUUCCGAGUGUUGGUCAAUCUCACAAAUCCCAGUCCAGUUUCGAAAUGGAUGUUCGCGUAUUACCAUUCGAGUGCAUUGAAGGCAGAACGUUAUGAACAUUUUCCACCUCAAUACGAUGAGAUGUGUAUGGGUCUACCUAAUGUGAGUCCCGAUCAGCAAUGCAAUGUCAUCUUCUCAUAUAAUGGUUGGUCUUACUUGCAACUUCCUCAACUUCAAAUGUGCUGCAAAUGUGAGAAUACGUUUGGAGCCGUUCGUGGGGAUUGGUUGAUGGAAAAUUCGACCUUUGCUGGUUAUGUUCGUGACGAACGAACUGGCUAUGAUACUCAACAUUGGACCAAAUGGGGUCAAUAUUUGAAUCAUUAUUAUUGUACCAAUGAUGACAAGAGAAUGCCAAUUCGCUUCAAUGAACUUUGGGGACCUCAGCACAUUCUCAAACAAUGGGAUUUUUUGGUGGAGAGUUAUAAGGUGGGAGAAUUUGAUUACAAGAAAUUGCUGGGACCACCAGAGAAUUGUGAAAAUUUGUGUAUGAGUGAUGUAUGUAAGGCUUAUCGAAGGUAA